GUUUGUUUUUCAAAAAAAAUUCAAAUUUGAUGGAGAAAAUGCAAUUUUAAAUACCAACACGCCUAUUCCGCUAGUAAUUUUGUAACUUGGUUUUCUCCACUUUGGAAGCAGCUAGAACAAAAAUUUUCACUGUUAAAUAGGGCAUUGUUUAUACUAUAUAUACCGCUAUUCAAAACAGAAAAUUUCGUACCUACGAUUUUUUCAGAAAAUGCCGCUAAAUGCCCACUGUGCGUAUGGCAGUCCAUGGAUGGUUAAUACUACCAUAGGAGACGAAUGAUACAUCAAAAACGAUUGAAGCUUGGCUUGUUCACCAUACACCCGAAUUUUGGACAGAUUCACCACAUAAUUUUCAAUUAAUUCUAAAUGGCUUUAUUACACCUUUAUCAAGUAUCGGUAAUCAACCUGCAGAUAUUAUCCCAUUACCUUAUCCACCUUACGACAACAUGCUAGUAAACGAAUUUACCAUUACAUCACCGCUUCUAUUCUCUCUUAAUGCUCUACUGAGUGGUAAUCUCACUGAAUUGAAAGGUGUUGUUUAUAAUGGUAGUUUUGAUACAUCAUAUGAACGGAUGUCGUUAGCUUUAGCUACAUUAACAACUCGAGAAUUAACAACAGCUGUAUAUUUGAACAUAUCAAGUGAAAUUAAAAAUUAUCCAGAAUUACGUUAUCUGUCAUAUCCGAGAAGUAGUUCAUUAACAUCAAUACAUUUUUAUAUGUCACAUGAAAUACAUUCAUCACCUGGUUUUGAUCAUGUUAUUCAUACAACAAUUGAUACAAAAUCAUGUGAAUGUAGUUCAGCAACAGGCAAAUGUGAUGAAAUACAACAAAUAAUUAGAACUCCAGGCAUCGAAUGGUUAUUUUCAUCAAUACCAAAUAAACUAGAUUAUCGUUUAAUGCUAGAUUCAGUUGUUAGAGGAAAAAUAUUGACUAUAUAUAAUACAGAAAUUGAAUGUAAAAUAACCGUAUUAGAAAGUAUUCAUUGUGUGAUAGGACCAGCUUUUGGUAAAAGUUGCUAA